AUGUCGCGAAAAGCGACCCGGACAGCCGAAGAUCCAAGGAACAACUUUUUGGCGUUGAAGCUCGCUUUGGCGCUGAAAAACGGAGACGGGGACAAAUUUUGCGAGGCUUACGAUAAACCUUCCCUCAGUGGACUCGGUUUUGAAGAGCUUACUUGGAUCAAGGAACAAGCUCGAAAGGACGCUUCUUUACCAGAAAUGACGCUCAAGGCUAGAAUGGGCUGGUAUAAGGACAUGGUAAUUCCCGAUUUCGUUAGAAAACUCGAAGAUCUAAGCACUAGAACACCAGAAUUGGACGCCGAGUUGCGACGGGACAUGGAAGAAAUCGCGAAAGAAGAAAAGGAAUUCAAGGAAAGCCGAGAGACAAUCAGAAAUGUUGUUGGAAACAUGAUUGGAAACCCAAGUCCGAAAAACAGCGAUAAGAAUCAAAACUACAAGAGAAAGCCGAUGAGCGACGUGAAGAACGAGACGCGCCAAGAUUUCUUCAAAAACUACCACGAUGAAGAGGAAUUCUUCACGAACGAGCUAGGAAUGCGAAAGAAAGAAUGGGUCCAGGUCGAAAUGCCAACAUUGCCCAGUUCCCAAGUCGACGAUCCGAUUUCAUUCAAUACUCUCGGCGGAAACUCUUACAUUCACGACGAAGAGCUCCCUGUUGAUCUUGAAGGCAAGACAACUUCUAGUUCAAAAAGUCGAAGGAAGCAGAAGAAACCGACGAAAGAAAAGAGUCAUUCUUUGUGCAGGCAACAGAUCAUCCAUUGUGGGUACUUCAUAAUGGUUUGUGAAAUUAAUAUAAAGCUGAAAAUUUUUAAAAAUCGUAUCUUACCUCUAGCUGCUUCUCUUCAACAAGCUGAGCCUCCAAAGCCACAAAAGGAUAGUGCCAAAGAAGCGAGAGAAGCAAAAGAAGCGCAAGAAAGGAAAGCAAAGGAGAAAGAAGAGAAAAAGGAGGAAAUGAAACGACUUGAAAAGGAACGGGAAAAGUACCAGAUUCCUGAUUGGGUUCUUCUGGAAGAAGAGGACAAGAAGAAUCAGGAGAAGACCGGAAAGAAAGCCACCGGUAAAAAGGCCAAAAAAGGGAAGAAAGGAAAGGGAGAAAGCAACGCGAAGCAAAACAACAAAAACCAGCAGAACUCGACAAAGAAACAAAACAGCGUUGAGACGACGAAUGGAACGGCAGGCAUCUCCUCUUCAGAAAACCCUGGUAAAGACCAGCCCAUCGUUUCCAAGCCGCAAAAGAAAGAGCGUCGUCACUCGAUCGAGCUCAUUGACGAGCGAUCCCUUCUCUACGACGAUGAUGACUGGGCCACAAUUGGCGUCAAAGCUGCCAAACCGACCGAUCGCCGAAGUGUCCCCGCUCGCAUUGAAGCGCCCAGUUCCAGCGCCAUUCCAAGACGAACCCCUCCUCGCGCUCCUUCCCCACAGCGAGCCCCUGUUUCUCUCCGACCGGAAGAAGAUUUCCCUCAACUUCCUUCCAACCGCCCUGUGCGUCAGAAUACACCGGAAUUGAAAGUCAAUUCUACGCAAGAAUGGCCUGGUCUUCCCGGCCCGACGAGCAAGGGCGACGCGCCAAAGAUUCUACCACAACCAAAUCGAGGUGUAGGAACUCGUUACGAGCAGCGACAAGCUUCAAAAGCAGCUCGAGCUGUAGCUUCCUUGAAAGCCGCUGAAGCUGCAAAGGAAGCAGCUCGAAUUGAGGCUGAAAAAGCUGAAGCAGCGCGCCGCGAAGCCGCCAGAAUCGAAGCUGCAAAGGAAGAAGCCGCCCGCCAAGAAGCAGAACAGGCAAGAAUCCAAGCCGAAGCAGCGAGACUCGAAGCCGAGCGAGCAGAAGCCGCAAGACUUGAAGCAGAAAAAGCCGAAGCCGCGCGGCUCGCCGCGGAGAACGCGAAGAGAAAGCCGCGGGAGACCGAUGAGGUGGAAAAUAUUCUCGGCGAUAAAAUGGGACUCAACUUCAUGGUGACGCAUUCCGACGAGGAAUUGGAUUUUCCGGAGGAAGAAAAGGUUGAGAACCCUGUACAGUCAAAGGUAACCGUACAGGCUGAGGUGACUUUCGGCGAGGCGAAUGCUUCCUGGACGGAUGAAGACAUAGAAGAGAAGAGUCCAAAAGAAAGCGGAAAGCGAAGUUUCAACGCCGAGGAAAUCCAGCAAUUGCUUCUAAAGUCAGCACCUGUCCGAACUGAGGAACCCACUGAGUACCACCGAAAAAUCGUUCAAUUUCACAAUACAAAAUAUCAGAAGCUCCUUAACAAGCACAAAAACGGCUGCUCCAAGACGGUGAUCUACUCAUCUUGA